GAGCCGAGCGCCUGGGCUGCGCGACUCCGGGCAGCUCCUUGGCGAUCGGCCCCCACCGGGUGGCCAAGAGCUCCGCCCGGGGGCGCCCCGGGGUCCCUGUUGCUGUGGGUGCCGAGGGGGCGGAUCCGGUCCAGACCAGCGAGGGGCGAGGGAAACACCCCGGGAGCCCCGCGCCCUGGCACCAUGCGACCCGCCGCGCCUCCUCCCGGGUCCGGGGCUGCACAGUCUGCUCGUUGAGCCCCCUGCGGUCGCCGCCUCGGAGAGUGGCACCAAGGAGGUGGAAGAGGAGGAGGAGGAAGAGGAGGAGGCGACACUCGGGAGAGCAGUGCCCGGACGGAUUCGACCGCCCCUCCACCCCGAGAGCUGGCGACUCCCGGGUUCCCCAGCCUUAUCAUGCGCCGGGCGCCAGCCGGGCUUUAGGAGAAACUGAGACGCCGGAGCGAGUCGAGGCAAUUCUUUGGUUGCUAAGUGUGAGAGAAGACACUCAGGAUGGCUCAGGGAUCCGGGGACCAGCGAGCGGUGGGGAUCGCUGAUCCAGAAGAGAGUUCUCCUAACAUGAUUGUCUACUGCAAAAUCGAGGACAUCAUCACAAAGAUGCAAGAUGACAAGGCGGGGGGCGUGCCCAUCAGAACAGUUAAGAGCUUUCUCUCCAAAAUCCCCAGUGUCGUCACAGGAACUGACAUUGUACAGUGGCUUAUGAAGAACCUUUCCAUCGAGGACCCAGUUGAAGCAAUACACCUGGGAAGCCUUAUUGCUGCCCAGGGCUACAUCUUCCCAAUCUCAGACCAUGUUCUUGCCAUGAAGGACGAUGGCACCUUUUACCGUUUCCAGGCUCCUUACUUCUGGCCUUCAAAUUGCUGGGAACCCGAAAACACGGACUAUGCCAUCUACCUCUGUAAGAGGACGAUGCAGAACAAAGCAAGGCUGGAAUUGGCUGACUAUGAAGCAGAAAACUUAGCAAGACUCCAGAGGGCCUUUGCAAGGAAGUGGGAGUUCAUCUUUAUGCAAGCAGAAGCACAAGUAAAGAUUGACCGGAAAAAGGAUAAGACAGAAAGAAAAAUUUUGGAUAGUCAAGAACGGGCCUUCUGGGAUGUCCACAGGCCAGUGCCAGGCUGUGUGAACACAACGGAAAUGGAUAUCAGAAAAUGUCGGCGUUUGAAGAAUCCACAAAAGGUUAAAAAGUCAGUGUAUGGUGUGAUGGAUGAGACCCAGUCACAGAGUCCAGUGCACAUACCAAGCCAGCCAAUCAGGAAAACUACAAAAGAUGACAUCCGAAAACAGAUAACGUUUUUGAAUGCACAGAUUGACAGACAUUGUUUGAAAAUGUCCAAAGUGGCUGAAAGCUUAAUCGCUUACACGGAGCAGUAUGUGGAGUACGACCCAUUCAUAACACCAGCAGAGCCAUCUAAUCCUUGGAUCAGUGAUGACAUCACCUUAUGGGACAUAGAGAUGAGCAAAGAGCCCAGCCAGCAGCGAGUGAAACGUUGGGGCUUCUCUUUUGACGAGAUUCUGAAGGACCAGGUGGGGCGGGACCAGUUCCUCAGAUUCCUGGAGUCAGAAUUCAGUUCGGAAAAUCUCCGGUUCUGGCUGGCCGUCCAAGAUCUCAAGAAGCAACCUCUACAGGAUGUGGCUAAGAGGGUGGAGGAAAUCUGGCAAGAGUUUCUAGCUCCCGGAGCCCCCAGUGCAAUCAACUUGGAUUCUCACAGCUAUGAGAUAACCAGUCAGAAUGUCAAAGAUGGAGGGAGAUACACAUUUGAAGACGCCCAGGAGCACAUCUACAAGCUGAUGAAGAGUGACAGCUAUGCCCGCUUCCUACGGUCCAAUGCUUACCAGGAUCUGUUGCUGGCCAAGAAGAAGCCAGAAAGUGAGCAAGGUCGUAGAACUUCCCUAGAAAAAUUCACCCGCAGUGUGGGAAAGUCGCUGGCGGGCAAGCGCCUUACGGGCCUGAUGCAGUCCUCCUGACCGCCCCGACCCCAGGCCCAGGGCCCGGGCCCGCAGAAUACCUGGGCAGGCGACGCUCCACAUCCAACGACAGAGCUUCCUUGAGGGGAGAUUUGGUCACUGUGAAAGAGAAAGAGUGAGGGCCGCGGAGGGCACUGAUGGGAAGAUGCGGUGGGUAAAUGGGGAGACCAGAGAGAAAGAGUCCAUGGUGCUGGGCCAGCCAGGAGAGGCCCUGCUUAUAGCCUCUCUCUUGUACAGCCACGCACCAAUGCUUAUUCUCAACAAGGGUCCAUUUCUAAUGUGGUCAGAGAAUGUCUCAUGGGGUUCCUGUCUAUCACUCGAGAUGUUAACCUCACCUAUCCAGUGGUCUGUGGAAUCAUGCCUUCCAGCAAGCUUCAGAAGGACCCUGGGCACAUAGUAUUAAGCAUCACCUCCCUGCUACUCUCUCUAAUGCACUGACAGUGCUCACUGUUACCUGUUCCCCCUCCCUAACUGGUAGCCACCCACGUCUACUGGGUGGGUGACAGAUGCUGCUUUCACAUAAAAUGUCAAAAGUCACAUCUUCAGCCCUAAUGACCCUUCAAGUUCUCUCCACCCUUGUGAGACCACAUUUUUAAGAAGUCUCCAUGAAUAUGGUGGCCACCCCUAGUUCUCAUCAAAUGUCCAAGGGUCCAGAGCUUGAAGAGGUACUCAGCACAGAUAACGGAGUGUGUUGUUUAGCCACUGAAGGUUCGGGUGACAAUCUUUUUAAAAGAUUAUUACUUCCUGUCUUCUGAUUUUAACCCUUGCACCUCGGCUUGUUCCCUUGUAUUUUACUCACAAUAAACAUGGCCAUGAACUCAGGGGCCAUUGGGCUUCUCCCCACUGGUAGCCCAAGAUGGAA